GAGACUGACAUGUUAUUUCUGCUUUCUCUCACACUGACUCUCUUCUCUACUGACAAAAACAAUAAAGAAACCAGCCAUCAGUGAAGAACCAAGAGAAACACUUUACAGAAGGAUCUUUGUGAAGUUUGGUUCUGAAUAGAUAUUAGAUAUUUGUGAUUCUCAGGGGGAUUUAUUUUUCAAACUGUCGUUCAGAAAGUGAAAGUAAAGUUUAGAUCACUGGAGCUCUAAAAGUGAAAAUGGCUUCUCUAUCUGAAGAUGAUAUUUCGUGUCCUGUAUGUCAGGAAAUCUUCAAGAAUCCUGUUGUUUUAUCAUGUAGUCACAGUGUCUGUAAAGAGUGUCUUCAACAGUUCUGGAGAACCAAGAAAUCUCAGGAGUGUCCCGUCUGCAGAAGAAGAUCAUCAAAAGUUGAUCCUCCAUGUAAUCUUGUGUUAAAAAACUUGUGUGAGUCGUUCCUGAAGGAGAGAAAUGAGGUUCGUUCAUCAGGAUCUGAGGAGAUCUGUAGUUUACACAGUGAGAAACUCAAACUCUUCUGUCUGGAGGACAAACAGCCGGUGUGUGUCGUGUGUAUUAAUUCACAAAAACAUGACAAUCAUAAAUUCAGACCCAUCGAUGAAGUGGUUUCAUCAUAUAAGGAGGAGCUCAAUACAGCACUGAAGUCCUUACAGGACAAACUUCAACACAAUGAAAAAACAAAAGGAGAGUUUGAGAAAACAGCUGAACACAUCAAGUCUCAAGCUGAGCACACAGAGCGUCAGAUUAAACAGCAGUUUGAGAAGCUUCAUCAGUUUCUCAGAGAUGAAGAAGAAGCUACAAUCACUGCACUGAGAGAGGAAGAGGAGCAGAAGAAGCAGAUGAUGAAGGAGAAGCUGGAGGAGAUGAACAGACACAUCUCAGCUCUUUCACACACAAUCAAAGACACGGAGGAGAAGAUGAGAGCCAGUGACGUCUGCUUUCUGAAGGAGUUUCCGGUCUCGAUGGAAAGAGUCCAGAUCUCAUCACAGCCGGAUCCACAGACUCCUUCUGGAGCUUUGAUUCAUGUGUCACGUUACUUGGGGAACCUGUCCUUCAGAGUCUGGAAGAAGAUGCAGGACAUCGUCCAGAACACUCCUGUGAUUCUGGAUCCAAACACGGCUCAUCCUCGUCUCGUUCUGUCUGAGGAUCUGACCAGUGUGAGAUUCAGCGGUGAUCAACCUGUUCCUGAUAAUCCAGAGAGAUUUGACUCUCAUCCCUGUGUUCUGGGUUCAGAGGGUUUUAACUCAGGAACACACUGCUGGGAUGUGGAGGUUAAAGAGAGUUCAGUCUGGAGACUUGGAGUAACUACAGCAUCAAACCAGAGGAAGGGAUGGGGUUUCUAUAAGACUGGUGUCUGGUGUGUGUGGUAUGAUCAGUACAGUGUCUGGAGUGUGUGGUAUGGAGUGUCUCCAGGUUCUGGUGUUCGUGUUAAACGUAAGUUUGAUCGUGUGAGAGUGAAUCUGGACUAUGACAGAGGAAAAGUGUCAUUCUCUGAUCCUGUAACUAACACACAUCUACACACAUUCACAACCUCCUUCACUCACACACUCUUUCCAUUCUUCUGUAAUUAUGAUUUAUCUUCUUCUCUGAGGAUCUUAUCGAUCAGUAGUUGAUGAUAAAGGAUUAGACUAAAUCAUCUUAAUCAUAUCUGACCAAUGAGAAACAGUGAUGUGUCACAGAUCCUGAUUAAAUGAUCAUAUCAUAUUAAUUGAAGUAAAUGGUCUAGAAAUACUUUAUUCAGCUGUUUAUGAAUCUGAUUCUCAGAUCAAAUGAUCAAAUCUGAGUCAGUUACACAACAAAUAUUAAUAAUCACUUAUAUAAACUAACAAUGUGUGAUUUCAUGAUUUCAGUCUCAUUUUCAGAUUGAAACAUUAAAAGUUUGUCAUGAUUGUUAGGUUUUAAACUGUGGUCAAGUGUCUGGAAAACCUGAUUUUUUCUUUGUUUCUCAAACUAAAUAUUCAAGUCACUUUUAUUUCUAAAGAACUUUAUAUAAUUCAGUUUAAUUCAAAGCAGCUUUAUAUUAAUAAACAGGAAAAUAACAGCAUCAGUGUUGGAAACUGAAUUAAUUUGUUCCUAAUGUCAGAUAUGAAGCAGAUCUUCAGAAGAGAGUAUAUCGUGUCAUUAUUCAGAUGAUGGUUAUGUUCUGUUUGGGUUUAGUUUUCCCCGUGUUUCUGUUUCCUGAUUUAAUUAUUCAUUAGUUUCUCUGGUUUGGAUUGUUUCAGUUUUCUAGUGUUGAAGUCCUGUGUUUUGCCUUAGCUCCUCAGUUCUGCUCCUGAUGUUAUCUGUGUUGGUUUUCUGUGAGGAUGUUAUUAAAGAUGUGACAUGAAGUCAAACAUUAACAGUGAUGAAGCGGAUGUAUUCAGUAUUCAGUAUUAGUGGCCACUAUACGAUGUAUGAUCCUCCACUUCUCUUUGGUAUUGGGGUUUAUAUAAAAGUCUCCAGGAAGAAGUCACUUCUUUGGGAACAGAGAGAUAAACCUCCAUUUACUAUCAACCCUUUCUCUUAACUGAUUACAAUAAGCAUCUUUUACACAAAAGCUUUUUCCCGAGGGAUUGGAAAUCCAAAACUUCAUACCCCUUCAACAAAGAAACCUGUCCACUUUCAUUCAUUUUCACAUGUUUGGGUAUAACGUUUAAAACAGGAAAGGUCUGAGGCUCUUCACCAUUAUGAACAACAUUGUUAACAAAGGACAUAAGUUUAGAAGGAAAAGAGGCUCUAAGACUGUUAACAAAACCUUCCAUUGAUCUGACUGAUCUAAGACCAACCUGAUCAUUCUUCCAUGGUCUAUUGUGCAAAUCAGUAAUGCUUACUAUUCCUGCUGUAGAAAACAAUACAACAAAUGACCUCAGUACACUUGAUUUUAUAUUCAACAAUGGAUUAAAAUAAUGUGCACUUUAAUCUCUUACCACCUUAACCACACAUAAAAAUCAUCAUGAGGCAAAAGAGUUUUUAGAUCAGAAGUAUUUUCAGUUAAAAACUAAUGUUUGUCCAACUUUACAUUGGUUUUAUUUUGCAACAGAAUGAGACUGAAUGAUAUCCAAGUUACUCUGUCCAAUAAAAUAUCUUUUUCAA